AUGAUCUCUUUCAUCACCCUUCUGGCUGCCAGCGCAGCCUUGGCAUCGCCUAUUGAGCGCCAGGUUAACACUGCCGUUUUGCCAUUGAAGCGUGUUUCAAACUUCACGUCGGUCAAAAACGUCGUUAGCAAAGGCCAAGCUCGCCUCAAUAAGGUCAACGGUGUAGCUGCCAUCAACGCCGUUUCUGCCGUUAGCUCUGGUUCGGUCACCAAUGAAGACGUCAGCUAUGUUGCUCCAGUCACAAUUGGGGCCACCACCUACUCCCUUAUUGUCGACACUGGAUCUUCAAACACCUGGUGUGGUGCUCAAAGCUCUUGCGAACCGAGCUCCACCGGCAAGAGUACUGGUGGUACAGUUUCGGUCAGCUAUGGUAGCGGCUCAUUCUCCGGCAAUGAGUACAAAGAUAAAGUCAGCUUCGGGGGCCUUACUGUCUCAUCACAGUCAAUCGGCGCUGCAACCUCAUCCUCGGGAUUUAGUGGCGUCGAUGGAAUCAUCGGAUUCGGCCCAGUCGAUCUGACUGAAGGUACUGUCUCCAAUGCCAACACCGUUCCAACCUUCUUGGACAAUCUAUACAGCCAGGGCUCUAUCUCACAGGAGGUUCUUGGUGUUUCAUUCAAACCAGAAAGCGGAAGUGACACUGAUGACACCAAUGGAGAGCUUACCCUUGGUGGAGUCGAUAGCUCAAAGUAUACCGGCUCACUUACAUACUUCUCUAAAACAAGCAGUGGCGAUGCUUCGUACUACUGGGGCAUCUCAAUUGCUAAGUUCACUUAUGGCUCAACCACCCYUGCGUCUUCUGCCUCGGGCAUUGUCGAUACCGGCACCACGCUGAUCUACAUCCCAACCUCAGCCUACAACAAAUUCCUCUCUGCUGCUGGAGGCAAGACCGAUAGCUCAUCUGGCUUGGCUGUAUUUACCACUAAGCCAACUUCAAACUUUGGUAUCACCUUUGGUUCGACUACAUACACCUUGACACCGUCGCAGUAUUUGGUCCCCACCGCCCAGUAUAGCUAUUACGGCCUGUCCUCCGGCAAGUACUACGCCUGGAUUAACGAUGGCGGUAGCUCUGGCGUGAAUACCAUUAUUGGUCAGAAGUUCUUGGAGAACUACUACUCUGUCUUUGAUACUACCAACUCUCGCAUCGGUUUCGCUACCGCGGCUUAA